AUGUCUUGGAGAACAUGGCUGGCGACGGCCACUUUGCUACUAGGGACGACCGCGGCUCAGACGUUCAUUCCCACCAACUGGACGGCGGGGGAUGCGGCGACGAGAGACGAUCAGACGUUGAUGCUGCAGAUUUCGCUGGGAGACAAGAUGGUCCCGCUGGCGCCUGUGCUGGCGUUGACGCGGGAUGGGUACAAUGAUAUACCUCCUACAGGUCUCUCCGGCCCCGUCAUCGUCACCGACCCUGCCAAUGCCCUCAAUCUCGAUUCAGAAGACGUCGCUCUGAUCUCCUGCGACGACUACUCCGGCGAGAUACAGGCCGACGAUGUGUUCCGUCAGGCGUACGAGAAGAACGUCACUGCCAUAGUGCUAUAUUCGGAGUACUCGGAUUGGUGCCACUUGAUGGACUACAGCGACGACUACCCCUGGGUAUACACUCUGAAGAACAGCACGGAUACGGCGAAGAUGUUGAACGAGACGCAGGACGCCGAUGGCCAAGACGUAUAUGCUGCGAUCGGGACUUCGAGCGGGAUCAAUGGCAGUGGUCCUGCGGCGGCGAAUGCGGGACAUCAGGGGCAGGGUGGGGAUCAGGAUCAUCCGCCGGGCACGCCUAGUACGGCUGUGGCGAUGAUUAUUCUGUAUUCGAUCACGGGUAUUAUUUCGGCGCUGUUCGUGGUCAUCAUCGUGACUGGUGCGAUGAGAGCGCAUCGUCAUCCGGAGAGGUAUGGGCCACGGAAUGUGAUCGGUCGGCCACGGCAGAGCAGGGCGAGAGGUCUGGCGAGGGCUGUUGUUGACACCCUGCCGCUGGUGAAGGUCGGCGAAGGUCAGCGAGAGGCACCCAAGCCCGCGGAUGUGGAGCUGGCGGAGAACGGAUCUGAUAGGAACACGACCGGUGAUGGAGAGACCAGGGGUCCAGACGAGCCUCGCGAUCAGCCAGAAGGAAACCGCCAAUCUAUCGAGGACGGUAUCGCAGCAGCCAUCACCGCCCAGCGAUCGAAUUCUCAAUCUCACAAUCCUGACAAUCUCGGCUGCAGCAUCUGCACGGAAGAUUUCCAGGCCGGUGAAGACCAACGUGUUCUGCCAUGUGAUCACCGCUUCCACCCGGCAUGUGUCGACCCCUGGCUUCUGAACGUCUCCGGUACCUGCCCGCUUUGCCGCAUCGACCUCCGACCGCCUCCACCUGAAAUGGAGGACACCGGCGAGGUAGACGAGCACGGCAACCCUAUCCUCCGUGAAGUAGGCGCCGACCCUAACGGCGCGCCUUCUCAACCCCAGGAGCCACCACCGCGGAUGGGCUACCGCCGCAGUCUUCUGGAAGGAAUCCGCGACAUCGGCCGCCCCAACCACCGCGUCCACUACGGCCGAGCAGAGGCCGCACAGAUCAGUCGUGAGGAACGACUCGCAGCGCUGCGGAGGUUGAGAGAGCAACGUACUGCUCAGAGGCGAGAGGCGCCGACUGAGCAGGCUGUAGAGGAGGAGAGGAGCACGAGGCAGCGGUUGAGGAGGGUGUUUGGGAUUCGGACGAGGAGGACGGGGAGUGCUGAGCCGGAGGCGGAGGGGACACCAGGGGAGGGUGGGGAUGGGACGCCCCAGAGUAUUUCGCGCAGUCGGUUUGCUGAGGGGUUUGAGGGGCGGAACACCCGAUGGACCUCAGCCACCGAAGCUUGA